AUGCAAUUGACAGGAUUGAACGGAUACAUGUGGGGGCAACGGUGGAAUAUUCUGCUCACUACUCAGGCCAUUUUUACGUUGGGCGUCCUUUAUAAUCGCUACAAAGAGAAUCAAGCUGUGUCACCCGCUGUCACGUCGCAACGACCGAUUCGUGAAGAGAAAUGUAGAUGCAUUGCGAUCUCAUUCAUUACAAGAAUUAUAACGACAGUUUCUAGCAAAGGACAAAACGAGCAUGAGUGUUGA